AUGUCUGGAGACGGGCUCACGCCUGCGGGAAACACGCAUUUCGUGUGCUUUGACUGCAACGAAAAGUUUGGAUCGCCCAAAGACGACGAUCGGAGCUUUGCAGCAGAUUGCAAGCAUGUCCACGACAUGGACAUCCUGAAAACGAUCUGGCAUGGCUGGAGCAUAGAUCCAUUUGCCAAAGGAACUUGGUGCAUGUAUCCGCCAGAUUGCAGUUUCGAAUAUUCGGCUGCACUCCAGGAACGGGCUGAAAAUGUCUUGUUUGCCAAUCAACUCGGACUGGGCGUCGGGCCGGCGUACAUCGACGGCGCCAUUGAGAGAGGCACGCUGGCGGCGAAGGAUGUUGCUACUGAGUCGCGCACAUCGUGA